AUGUCUACCACGCGGCCGUGCAACUGCGAGUUUAUUCUGCCAAGCCGCUUCGCCGCGGCGCGGCCGCCCACCUGGCGCCUCGUGAUGGACGACGCAGGGGCGGCGCUGGCCGCGCGCUACAGCGGCGAAGUUGCCCCGCAGCGGCUGCCGGAUGAGGCGGCCCUCCGCAGCCGCGACCAGCGCAUCCGCGCGGCGGCGUCGCGGCGACGAACAGCCGUGGCGGCGGGGCCCGGCAACGGCGCGACGCGUGACACGCGCAAUGGCGCGAGGGCGGAGGAGGGGAGCCGCACGGCGGCGGCGGCGUUCCUCACGGAGCGCGUCGCGGCGGUCAGCGGGAGCGCCUCCUCGCGGCCGCAACGCACCCCACCGCGCGAGUGCUUCCCAAGGGAGGUGCCUGUGUCGCUAUUUCACUGA